AUGCUGGUCGCCGUUAACUUGUUCACUCUCCCCCCAUCCUCACUAUGCAUCAUACAUUUGCUAGCAAAUGGUUUAUGGAACGAUCUUCGCGAGGAUACGUCCCACUUCUCUGUUGCGGAGACUUUCACCUUCGCACACACACCAAAUUCUCCACGUGAUACCCCAGUUGCAAGGGAAUUGAACACAUUCCCUGUCCGACGUGAUUUGAUUCCGUGUUCACUCAAUCCUCACUCGGUUUCCAACCGCUUGACAAAAUCUCCCACUCUCUCCGAGGUGAAUCGGCGGUCCACAUGGCAGAGUCAACCUACUUCUGUUGAACCCAACGGGAAACCAGAACUUCAUCUUGAUGCUCUUUCGGAUACAUCAUUGAAAACGCCGAUCCAUUCACGUGUCAGCUCAGCGGAGCAUCGUACCACAAGUCCAAGUUCAUCAUCGCUUGAGAAAGAUCUUGUUGAGACUAACGGGGCGCAAAUCCAACCUGUUGGCACAUCGAAGAACAGCAACGUCAGCAGCAGCAGCAAACUACGUGACCCUCGUCCCUAUAAAUGCGGUACAUGCCAAAUCGGAUUCCGCGUCCCCGGUCAUUUGCACAAACACUAUCGCGCCAAAUCUCAUCUGGUAACUGUGCUGAACUCGCACAAACUGCCUCCAGACACAAUUGAUCACAUACGCCACAGCCGAAUUGGUGUGUCGCAGGUGAUCAAUCCAGACAAUGGCCAAUUGCGGUUGCGUUGCAUUGAACGUUUAAUGUCUGUCAAGCCCCCCAAUACGUUAAAUGCCGCUGGCUCUAACCAUGAGUUGCCCCACAGAGCCAAGUAGCGGUUGUCCAACUAGCAGCUGCUUAAAGUCUCAUGUAUAUAGUACACAUGUACAGCAAGAUCCCGUUAACUGUAGGUUGUGUUCCUGCACCGAUAAAUGUCUUGGACCACACUGAAUGAUUGUAUUCGUUCAUUUUUUGAACCACAUGAGUCGUCUCACUGUAUCCAUCCUCUGACGUAACAUUGUGAGUUUCGAGACGUCCGCAUGCUAGUAUGAGCCUUUCUGACGGUCAUAAACGUUCCUUGGUGUGUAUCAGAUUGUGGACUUCGUACUGAUCUACGACUGCCUGUUCUCUAUUGUACAUCGAUCGCU